AAACUCUAACACUGUGAUAAAUGUCUCCGUCCGGUGGGUUUCAGGCUGAUUCAAGUGACUUUGGAAAAUUCGGACUAUGCCGCUGACGCACUCCAGAUUCCCACAUCCACUUGGAGAGACGCGGUUUCCAGAGGAACAACUGGGGAUACCAUUUUAGUUUUUUGUGCCGUUUCGAAAUGUAUCCUAAGAUGUCCAAAUUGACUUUGUUUUUAUAUUUAUUUCAAUGUCUGAAUAAUUUCAUUAACGCGCAGCAAGCUGCGCCCUGGAGGAACCGAUUCCAGUGGGUGAAUAACGGUCAGGUGUUCAGUUUAAUGAGCACCGGGUCAGAGUAUCAAGCACCGGUGCCGUCCAGAAGACAAUCCAGAGUUUUUCUGAGCAGCAACGGAAAUGCUAUGCGUGAGAGGACAGUGCAUAUGCCCACGGGCGCAUCAAAUUCUGCGCCGGACAGCGGCACUACCGCGCAUCAGGGACCGGACAGCAUGCAGUAUGUAGUGGCCAACAGUCGCGCACCUGGUGCCAGGCAAGUGCAGUUGCGUCAAAGGGCCAGGGGUCCUCCAGGAACCAGAGCUAACGGGACCAUUCUUGCGGAAUCUUCAGGCCCUGGUGUACAGGGUGGAAAUCACGCAAGGAGAGCAUCGUCUGGUGCCGAUAUCCAACAGCUACCUGCGCCAACUGAGAACUCCAACACUUUGCCAAACUCUGAUGUUGCAAACGAGAUGAGUCUCACCAGAGCGCCUGUUUCAAAUGUUCCGACAGAGCAGGAAGUAACAACUGGCAAUAUGGCAGACGAUUCAAGACACAGGAAUACGAUUUUCUACAACAUUUAUCCAGGCAGUGCAAGAGCAGUCAUUCCCCGUAGUCCCCCGCCUGGCACCGGGUAUGGUACCAGAUAUUUCCACAACGGUCUUCCAGACCUCGUACCAGACCCGUAUUCGAUCCAGGCGGGCUCCUACAUCCAGCGCGUCCAGAUGUACGCGCUUCGGUGCGCGGCGGAGGAGAACUGCUUAGCGCGGUCAGCAUACAGACCAACAGUGAGAGACAUCGACUACAGGGUUCUUCUACGGUUCCCACAGAAAGUGAGAAACAUGGGAACAUCUGACUUUCUGCCAGUCAAACCCACACAUCAGUGGGAGUGGCACAGCUGUCACCAACACUAUCACAGCAUGGAUGCAUUCAGCAACUAUGACCUCUUGGACAUCAACACCGGCCUGAAGGUUGCUGAAGGACACAAGGCGAGUUUCUGUCUGGAGGACACAGGCUGCGAUCCUGGAAUUCACCGGCGAUAUGCCUGCACUGCGCACACCCAGGGUUUGAGUCCAGGCUGCCACGAUACGUACGCAGCAAACAUUGACUGCCAAUGGAUUGACAUCACAGACGUUCCUCCUGGGAACUACAUUCUGAAGGUGACAGUCAAUCCAGACUACCUGGUGCCCGAGUCAGAUUACUCCAAUAAUGUUGUGCGAUGUGAUGUCAUUUACACUGGCAUUUAUAUCCAAACACGAAAUUGCAUAAUAACUGGGAAUUAAAGCCAUUUAGCUUUAUUUACAGAUGCUAUUGUGCUUCCAUAGAGAUGCUUUUUAAAGACCUUUUAAAGGUUUUGAGUAACUUUAAACAUGCCAUGUGAGUUGUUGGAAUAAGAUUCAACGACAAAUGGGUCUGUUUUAGAUGAGUUUGAUUUUGUGCCCCUUGUGCGAGCAAUAACAUUUACAUUUGUUAUUUUAGUCAAACUAUGGUGUUUGUAAUGUCUGAAAUAUAAAAGUGUAAUUUUUUAAGUUUAAAUUAAGAAUGAUAAAUUAUUAGAUUAGGUUUUAUAGUAUGUUUUUAUAAUGCUGAUUUUUAGUUUUGUAUUUAUUGCAUUCAAUUUAAAAUAUUAACUUUUUGGUAAAGGGAUAGUUCAUCCAAAAAUGAAUAUUUUGUCAUCAUUUACUCACCCUCAUGUUGUAGUGAAACUGUGAGUUUCUUUAUUCUGCACCAUAGAAAAAUGCAGCAUGAAAUUAAAACAAAUUAGUUUUGCAAGUCAAUUCAACCUACUAUUUUAAGUUGUCUUAAAAAAGGGUGACAACACUUAAAAAUUUAUUUUUCGAACACACACAAAAAUUUUGAACACAAAAGAAGAUAUUUUGAUGAAUUAUGGUAAGCACAGUUGACGGUACGCAUUAACUUCCCCACUAUUUGUUUUUCUACCUUCAGUUGUAGUUAAAGGCGAUCUAAGCGAAUCUGCGAAACGUUAGUUUUGUUGACGUUUGAAUUGUUUUCAAACAGAGGGAGCGUAGCUGACUCCUCCCCCUCCCCCUCCCUUCCGUGCUUUCAUGAACGUGCCCAACCCCCACCCCCAAAUCCUUUUUGUCGUUUAUUGGCUGGAACACUUUGUUUUGUUUUGUGGUGCUAGGUUUGGCCACUGUGUUGUUAUUGCCAUUUGUGAAGCCUGGGCUGAUCGCGUUUUUUUACAGUUUGAUCAGCGGACAGGCAGCAAGCAGAUAGUGAGGAGAUGUUUGCUGUAUGUAACAAAAAAUGUUUUAUGGUCUAAAACACGUUAAUUCGCUUAGAGCACUUUUAAUAUCAUUUAUCAAAUUAUCUUCUUUUGUGUUCAAUAGAAUAAAGAAACUCAUACAGGUUUAAAACAACAUGAGGGAGAGGAAAUUAUCACAGUAUUUUUAUUUUUGGGUGAACUAUCCCUUUAAUAGCCAUCGUCUUGGUUGUGAAUUUAUAGUGGCUGAGUGUGUUCAGGCCACUAGUGUAAAUGUAAUUGUCCAGCUGUAAGCCAAUAUUUUGUUAGUUUGAAUAUGGGUAGCUUUGAAAGGUAUGUAGUAAUAAGAGUCUUUCCUGAGUCCUGCAUUUUGGCUUUAUACAAUAAACAGAACAUGUAA